AAAAUUUCAUUGAGAUGUCAGCCAUAGGUUCGGGUGCUUUUGGGACAGUAUUUAAAGUUAAACAUAAAUUGGUUGAUAAGAUAUAUGCCGUCAAAAGAAUACAAAUUAAUGAAUCAAAAAAAUUAAUAAAAGACAAAGUUUUAAAUGAAGCGAUAAAUUUGGCAAAACUGGAUUCGGAUUUUGUUGUUAAUUAUUACCACUCGUGGAUAGAAGAAAAAUAUUUGUACAUUCAGAUGGAGUACUGCUCACAAACUCUCGGAUCUGUAAUCAAAGACAAAGAUAUUAUAUUUGACAAAAAAUUGUUGAAAGCAAUGGAUAUCUAUGAAUAUUUUAUAUCAUGUGAAAUAUUCAGGGAAAUUUUACAGUGUUUGCAAUACUUGCACUCGCGUACGCCCCCUAUAAUUCAUCGUGAUAUUAAACCGGAAAAUAUAUUGGUCUUGCAAAACAUAAAGAAUGAUACGUUUCUAAAACUCGGUGACUUUGGUUUGGCCACCGAGCAUCAUGACCAAUCUCAAAGCCACACACAAGGGGCGGGUACUUUAAAAUAUAUGGCACCCGAUGUGGGAUUUAAUAAGAAAUAUGAUUUCAAAGCCGAUAUAUAUAGUGCUGGAGUGAUUGGAUUGAAAUUGUUUGAAAUAAACACUAUG